AUUAACUGGUUAGCUAAUAAUUGGGUCGAACCAUUUCACAAGAAUACUUGUGUCUUGACACCACACGAAAUCAACCUGAUGCGUUUGCUUAAACUUUGAAAAAAUAAAAAAUCAACAUAAAAGUUUUUGAAAAAAAAAUUAAAAAAAAUUAAUACGGAAUAUAAUGGGAAAUCGCCUGAGGUUCAAGGGUUUUGGGUUUUGGCCAUCGUUAUUUAGUUCCGACUUGUAAACCCAACAUUUUCCUCCACCACUACCAGUAUACAUAUUUGAUCAUCAAACCCAGCACUCGCAGCCAUUCAUUCCUCGUUCGUGAGAAGCAAAGCCAAAACACAAGAGCUGAAGAAAGAGGAAUUAGAAGUAUGUGGUAUCUGUGUGUGUUCUACCACAGAUUGUUGGAUUACAGGAAACCCGAAGUUGAAUCUCUGGCCGAGCUUUUCGGUGCCUUCAAAGACGACGAUUAUGAGAGCAACCCACAAGAGAAUUCAUUGGAAUGGAGGCUCCCACAGCACCACCACCCAGAUUCUCCGUUCCACCUGGUCAAUCUUCCUUCUGAGGACCUUGCCCGCAAAAUCGCCAACCGAAGUAUUCUUGUGAAGGGGAUUUAUGAACUUUGGGGAGAAGGAAGUAGCUACGAGGAACUAGAAGAAUCUAUAAAGGGUUAUCCAGAUGAGCAUAAAUUGCCAUAUUUGUCUUCUGAGAACACAUUCAAGAUUACUGUUGACAGCUUCGGAAAGGUUAUGAGCUUUCAGGAGCAAAAUGAUCGCAUUCGGGGGCUCUCUUACAUCCCUUUCAAGGGACGAGUUAAUUUACGAAAUCCAGAUCACAAAUUCUGGCUUAUGGAAACUGAUGACUAUGGGUCAACUAAUGGGCUUCCACCAGUUGUCCAGAGGAGAAUAUUUUUUGGUCGAGAAGUUGGUGCUGCUGAUAGGAAGCUCUUGCCGACCUAUCAAUUAAAAAGUCGCACCUAUCUUGGCCCUACUGCCAUGGAUGCAGAAAUGGCUUUCCUUAUGGCCAACCAAGCACUGGCCACUUCUGGAAAACUUGUCUAUGACCCUUUUGUUGGUACUGGAAGCAUUCUUGUUGCUGCAGCUCAUUUUGGAGCAAUGACAAUGGGUGCAGACAUUGACAUUAGGGUAGUACGUGAUGGCCGUGGACCAGACUGUAAUGUUUGGAGCAAUUUCAAGCAGUAUAACUUACCAAUGCCAGUUUCUCUGUUGAGGGCAGAUAAUAACAGUCCUCCUUGGCGUGCUGGGUUAAAAGAGGUCUUUGAUGCCAUAAUAUGUGACCCUCCUUAUGGGGUCCGUGCUGGUGGGCGCAAAUCCGGUGGCCGGAAACUGUUGAAAGGGGUUGUGGGUCCUUACACCGUUCCCGAUGACAAGAGGACAGACCACAUACCCUCUACCGCUCCUUAUAGCUUAGUUGAAUGUGUGCAUGAUUUGCUUGACCUUGCCGCGAGGAUGCUCGUGAUGGGUGGGAGGCUUGUGUACUUCUACCCUGUACUAAGAGAAGACGAUACAAUUGAUACCAAUUUCCCGGAGCACCCUUGUUUCAAAUUGAUUGCUUCAUGUGAACAGAUGCUAAGCUUACGGUACAGCCGAAUAUUACUGACCAUGGUGAAGACUGGACCGUACACCGAGGAAGUUGCUGAGUUGGCUAGGACCAAACAUAUGGAAUUCAAGGAGAACCAUCUGAAGUGGUUAGAAGAAGGUAAUCUUCGUUCUGCAGUUUUCAGUCCUACUGACUCUCAGUUGGGUGGAGCAGUUGAUACUAAAUUUAAUAAGGAUUGGAAGCCAAAAUACAGAGGGAAAUAUGUGUAAUUUUAUUUUAUUUUUCUGGCAAAAAACUCGCACACCCAAAUUACCGGGGACUCAAAUUUUUGACCUUCUACUUUGGAAGGUGAGUACCAAUGAGUUAUAACUCUUGGUGGUGGUGUAAUUUUUACUUCAAGCAGCAGUUUUUAAGUUUAUUAUUA